AUGGAAUGGAACACAAGAGGAAUAUUCCCAGCGCGACGAAGAACAUAUCGACAAUAUAUCAGCUCGGACGAUGAUAUGAUUAAGGAGGCGGCAUCCAUGACACAGGUUAAUCCCGUGGCGCGCCAGCGAACCCCUGCCAUGUUGUUAAUUAAGCAGCCGAAAGCUUUGAAGCAGUACCAAACCAGUUCCUUCUUACGAGAGGCGGUGAGGUAUCUAGUUUACAAGGGAGAAGAAGACGAGGACGAUGGGAUCUUCCAUCGCACCAAAGUUAAGCCUAACCCUAUCUCCGAUAUAUCCCAAUUCUCGUCCACCUUGAAGCAUAGUAUUGACAAAGCAAAUGCUGACACGAUCUUGGAGUUACUACAACAUAAACACGACCAUCUUGCGCAGGAUAAGGAUGGCUGGUGCGCCCUUGACUACGCCGCGAGGACAAACAAUGAGGAUGUCUGCCGAACACGAAUUCGAUCAGAAUGUCUUCAAACCAGCCAGCAGUCAAUCGACACGUACAAUCACACGGGCGCCACUCCACUCCAGUUUGCGGUCUCCAUUGGUCGUUUAGGCACUGUACGAGCUCUUCUAGAGGCGGCGGCAAAUCCACAUGCCACUGAUCACUAUCAGCGCUCGCCACUCUUCAUAGCCAGUGAGCGGAACCAUCUCCAGGCGGCUGAAUUUCUGCUUUCAUCCAGAGUACAGAUCCCUCGUGAUGCUACGGCGUGGCUGAAGGAGCUUCUGUGUGAGAAGAAUUGGUGCAACCAUUCUGAGCCUGCCUAUCGAUGUAACCCUAGCUCAGGCGUUGUGUAA